GGCACGGGAGAAGCUUACCACAACAAGCGGGGCGCGGUGAGAGUCAUUGGUUCCUAGCACGAAGUCACCCAGCCGUACUGUGUCCAACCAUGGCUCAGGCAGGACCUCUGAAAGUGUGCAUCGUGGGCUCCGGAAACUGGGGCUCCGCCAUUGCCAAAAUCGUAGGACACAAUGUGAAAAACUUGCAGAAGUUUGCUUCUACUGUCAAUAUGUGGGUGUUUGAAGAAAACAUUAAUGGGAGAAAACUCACGGAGAUCAUCAACACAGAGCAUGAGAAUGUGAAAUAUCUCCCGGGUUAUAAGCUACCGGAGAAUGUGGUCGCCGUUCCAAAUCUUACUGAUGCGGUGAAAGAUGCUGAUCUCCUAGUCUUUGUCAUUCCUCAUCAGUUUAUACAUAAAAUCUGCCAGGAGAUCUCAGGGAAGGUCCAUAAGAAAGCUCUUGGGAUCACGCUCAUCAAGGGUAUUGACGAAGGCCCAGGCGGUCUGAAACUUAUUUCUGACAUUAUUCGUGAGAAAAUGGAUAUUGAUAUUAGUGUAUUGAUGGGGGCUAACAUUGCAAAUGAAGUGGCUGCAGAGAAGUUUUGUGAGACAACAAUAGGGAGCAAAGUGCUUGAACAUGGGUUUUUAUUUAAAGAACUUCUGCAGACCCCGAAUUUCCGUAUAACUGUGGUGGACGAUGCAGAUACUGUGGAACUUUGUGGUGCCUUGAAGAAUAUCGUGGCAGUCGGUGCAGGAUUUUGCGAUGGGCUUGAGUGUGGAGACAACACCAAAGCUGCAGUUAUUCGUUUAGGACUAAUGGAAAUGAUUGCAUUCGCCAAAAUCUUCUGUAAAGGCCGCGUGUCGACCGCCACAUUCCUUGAAAGCUGCGGAGUUGCUGAUCUCAUUACGACUUGUUACGGAGGACGCAACAGGAAAGUUGCUGAGGCAUUUGUGAAAACUGGCCAGAGUAUUGAAGAACUCGAGAAGGAGAUGCUUAAUGGCCAGAAACUUCAGGGCCCUCAGACCUCCGCAGAAGUCUACCGCAUCCUCCAGCAGAAAGGCAUGGUAGACAAAUUUCCACUUUUCACUGCUGUUUAUCGAAUUUGUUAUGAGAAGAAACCUGUGGAAGAAGUAAUUUCUUGCUUACAGAGUCACCCAGAACAUAUGUAACUUGGGGACAAAUGUCUUCAACGUGACAAGUCGUUUUUGUUUUGUUCUUGUUUAUGCUGCAGAAUCCUGGAGGAAAUGCUCUACUAACGCACAAAGCCAUGAAUGUGUAAAGUAUGUUUAAUAUCAUUUGCUUUGGUUCUGGUUGCUGUCUGGUACACUCGUGGAUGCACAAAUAUUUCCAUUCCCCUUUUU